CCCCGGCGGCAGCACCGCGCGGCAGCCGCGCCAGGGCCGCGCCGCAGAUGAAGUGCGAGAACUGCAGCAAAAAGGAAUGCAGUAAAAAACAGAAAAAUGACGAUACGCAAAGUGCAUCUGUUGAUGCAUUGAGUUCAAAUGAUGGCUCUGAAGAGAAAAAUGAGUUUGAUACAUUGGCUAAUGCUAAAAUACUCCUUAGCGACUGCCUAGCUUGUGACAGCUGCAUGACAUUGGAAGAAGGAGCCAGAGUUUUCCAGCAGAAUCAGAAGGAGUUCUUUCGUGUUCUCAACCUUAAUAAGAAAUGUGAUACCUCAAAACACAAAGUCUUGGCAGUGUCACUGUGCCCUCAGUCAUUGCCUUACUUUGCUGCUAAAUUCAAUCUCUCUGUGAAUGAAGCAGCCAAGAGACUCUGUGGUUUCCUCAAAAGUCUUGGGGUGCAUUAUGUGUUUGACACCACCAUAGCUGCAGAUUUCAGUAUCCUGGAGAGCCAGAGGGAGUUUGUGCAGCGCUACCAGCGGAGGAACCAGGAGGAACAUGCCUUACCAAUGUUUGCCUCUGCUUGCCCUGGUUGGAUCCGUUAUGCUGAGAGGGUGCUCACCAACCUGGUCACCUCUCACAUCUGCACUGCCAAGUCCCCACAGCAGAUCAUGGGCUCCCUAGUGAAGGGCUACUUUGCCAGGCAGCAGAAUUUGUCUCCUGAUAAAAUUUUCCAUGUAGUUGUGGCACCUUGUUAUGACAAAAAGCUGGAAGCCUUGAGGGAAGAUUUCUACACUGCCUUGUACAAUUCAGCAGAAGUUGAUUGUGUCCUGACAUCAGGUGAAAUUGUCCAGAUAAUGGAACAGAAAAAUGUGUCAAUGAAAGAUGUGACUGAAGUAGCUGUAGAUAGUUUGUUUGAUGGCUUAAAGGAGGGGGAUGUAGUAAGGCAUGAUGGCAAGAGAUCUGAUGGUUACCUGGAGCACAUUUUUAAACAUGCUGCAAAGGAGCUUUUUGGUGUGGAUGUCAAGGAGAUCACCUACAAAGCACUAAAGAACAAGGACUUUCAAGAAGUGACCCUUGAAAAGGAUGGGGAGACAGUGCUGCGUUUUGCAGCAGCUUAUGGCUUCAGGAAUAUCCAAAACAUGGUCCUGAAGUUGAAAAAAGGAAAGUUUUUCUACCAUUUUGUAGAAGUCCUUGCCUGCCCAGGAGGGUGCCUCAAUGGGAAGGGCCAGGCCCAGGGUGAGGAUGGCAAAGCAGACAGAGCCCUGCUGGCCCAGAUGGAGGAGGUGUACACUGCCAUCCCUGUCAGGCUGCCAGAGGCCAACCUGCACGUGCAGAGGAUGUACCAGGACUGGCUGGAGGGCAUGGACUCCAAGAAGGCCCAGGACACUCUGCACACCUCCUACAGUGCAGUGAACCAGAGCACCAGCAGCCUGGACAUCAAAUGGUAACAACUGCAGGGCUGGGCUGGGGCUGCAGGGCACCAGUGGAACCUCUGGCUCAGUGAGCUCUGCCCAGCUGGGGCAGAACCAUUGCUCUGCAAAACCCACACAACUCCAAGAGCCCUGGCUCCUGCCACUGGCAUUUCAUUUUACUGUUUGUCAUUUCCUGCAUACAGUGGAUUUCUUCAUUCUAAUCUUGCAAGGUACACAAGCCCUUUGUGCCAGGGACAGGGAGUGGAAUUCCUGACCAAGUUGCUCCCUGGAGUGAAGGUUCACUGCACAAAAUGGGCUCCUCCAAGAGGGUGAGAUGAUUUUACUUCUAGGUCUGCAGUCCCUGUCAACACAGGAAUUUCAGUAUUGAUGCAGUUGGGAUUUGCUUACCUUGGUAAGGAAAAGCCCUUUUAAAGGACAAGUGAGUAUGUGGAGAGAUGUAAUGAAUUUCUAUAAGCCUUGUAUCCAUAAUUCAGCAAAAAAUCCUCAGUUCCAAGCUAGCCACCAUUUCUUACUGAUGUAGCGUCACAGAAUGCUUCACACAAACUGAAUCUGGGAAACUAAUGCUAAAUGGUUCAUUUAAAAUAGUUCCAGAUAGGUUGAUUGCUACAAAAAGAGAACUUUAUUCCCAUGUAAGUUUUCUGCCAAGCUUGCAGCCAGCAGUAGUGGUGCUGCUUGCUUUGGCUUCUCUCUGAGAGUGGAACAUGCCCAGAUUGUUCCUUCAUUUGUCUCCAUGUUGAAAGACUUCUGCAAAAAAAAACUUCCUGGGGUGCCUCUGAGAAAAAAUACUGAGCAAUGCUUGUGAGCUCAUCAGAGUUAUGGUAUGUUGGCAUCAUGAUUUUUGAUGCACUUAUUUUUAUAAAUAUGCUAGAGAGGUUCAUUUAACAGACAUUGUGAAGUGGUACUGCCAUUCAGCUUGUCUGCAACUUCCCCAGUUGUCAGAGAGUUAUUCAAGAAUGUGAUGGACAAAAGAAAUUAAGACUCCUGCCAGACUUCUUCAGAUCUGUUCACAAUUAAUGGCUGUUUGAAGCUAGCAAAAUUCUAGCUUUCCUUAUGCAGCCUGAGUGUGGAUGGGCUUUUUUAACCAUUUCAUGCAGUUUGAAUCAGUCUUCGCGCCAAUUUCUUCAAUGUUACUGCUGCUUGUAUGAUUCCUGCAGAAACCUGUGAGUGUUUAAAAUGCACAUUUAACUGGACACAGUGGAAUGGGAUGGAGCAUCAGGGGAGGCAGGGCAAGAGCUGGCAUUGGCUACACCAGGGAGGCUGAAAAGGAGAGGGACAGUGAAGUGUCACCCUGCUGAUAAAAAGCAGCUCUCUUCAUGUGAAGCUGUUCAAAAUUGCAGCUUUCCAUUGGACCUCCACCUAAAUAACAAACCAUUGCACUUGGAGGAAAUUUUCUUUCAAGUGCAAACAAAUUUAUUUACUGCACUACCUGAAUGCCCACAAUGAGAUGAUGCCCAUGAAUUAUAGAAAUUAGUCUUUGCAAGUUGUUCCUUGUGAUAAGAAUCAUAUUUACUGUGGUGCAAUAUCAGAACAUCGACAGAAAUCUACCUCUGUACAGGAAGGGAGUCCAGGAGCUGUGUGCAGCUGGAAGGGUAAUAGAUGUGUGUGCUGGAGAAAGGUGGGGGUGUUGUGUGACAUUUCAAACUUUCAGAAGCAACAUCCACCUCCUUGGGUCUGAUUUUGUUCAUCUGCUGUGAUUUCCUCCAAAAACUCUCCCAGAAUUGUAAUGUAAUAAAUGGUCCUGUUCUGUUUGUAUAGGCCUGUUUCUCUGUAUAUAUGGUUUGUAGCUGCUGCAUGUUUAAAUUAUAUCUCUGCUGCUCUUUGUA